AGUGUGUCACCUUGGGGUGCUCCUGUGUUAUUUGUGAAGAAAAAGGAUGGAACCAUGAGACUCUGUAUUGACUAUAGAGAGUUGAACAAGGUGACAGUACGUAACAGGUAUCCUUUGCCUAGAAUUGAUGAUCUUUUUGAUCAGCUAGUGGGAGCUCAAGUUUUCUCUAAAAUUGACUUGAGAUCUGGAUACCAUCAAUUGAGGAUCAAGGGAGAGGAUAUUCCUAAAUCAGCCUUCAGAACCCGCUAUGGGCAUUAUGAAUUUCUGGUGAUGCCAUUUGGGUUAACUAAUGCUCCUGUAGCGUUCAUGGAUUUAAUGAAUAGGGUGUUUAAGCCUUACUUAGAUAAAUUUGUUGUGGUGUUCAUUGAUGAUAUUUUGGUGUACUCUCGAAGUAUAGCAGAACAUGAAGAACAUUUACGGCUAGUUUUACAAGUUCUGAGGGAGAAAAAGCUUUAUGCAAAGCUGAAGAAAUGUGAGUUCUGGUUGAAUAGUGUUGCAUUUUUAGGACAUGUGGUGUCUAAGGAUGGGAUUUCAGUAGAUCUGGAAAAGGUUAAAGCAGUGGUAGAAUGGAGUGGACCUACUAAUGUGACUGAAGUUCGGAGCUUCUUGGGCUUAGCUGGGUAUUAUAGAAGAUAUGUGGAGGGAUUUUCUCGUAUUACAGUUCCAUUAACUCGAUUAACGCAAAAGGGUGUGAAGUUUGAGUGGAUAGAUGAAUGUGAACAAAGUUAUCAAGAGUUGAAGAGUAGAUUGGUCUCAGCACUUAUUCUGACCAUUCCUGAUGAUAGUGGUGGUUUUACAAUUUUCAGUGAUGCUUCAAUGAAAGGGUUGGGUUGUGUUUUGAUGCAACAUGGCAAGGUGGUAGCUUAUGCCUCAAGACAGUUGAAACCAUAUGAGAGGAAUUAUCCAACUCAUGAUCUCGAACUAGCAGCAGUUGUUUUUGCUCUUAAAAUUUGGAGACAUUAUUUAUAUGGUGAGAGGUAUAUCUUGGAAGAUUUGAUUAAGAUGGAUGUUAGAGUAUAUAGGCAUGACUCAGAUGCACUUUUGGCUAGUUUGCAAGUCCAACCGACCUUGAUCGAGAAGAUAAAGACUGCCCAGUUGGAUGAUCCAUUUCUGCAGCAAAUGAGACAAAAGGUGGAGUCCAACGAUCCCAAACUGGAAUCUUUUAGGAUUCAUGAAGAUGGUUCUAUUAGGCACGGUGAUCGAAUUUGUGUUCCUAAUGAUUCAGAGUUAAAGGAGGUAAUUAUGAAAGAAGCUCACAAUACUGGGUAUACGGUUCAUCUUGGAAGUACUAAAAUGUACCGCCGAGAUUUGCGAGGAACCUUCUGGUGGAAUAACAUGAAAAGGGAAAUAGCCAAUUUUGUGGCUCAGUGUUUGACAUGCCAACAGAUUAAGAUUGAGCAUCAAAGACCAGCUGGCAAGUUGUUAACCAAGUUUGCCCAUUUUCUUCCCUAUAAAACAGGAAUGCAAAUAGAGGGAUUUGCAAAGUUAUACUUAAAAGAGAUUGUGAGGUUGCAUGGGAUACCGGUGUCUAUUGUUUCAGAUAGAGAUUCUGGUUUUGUUUCUCAUUUCUGGGGCAGCGUACACAAUGCUUUAGGAACAACUCUUAAUUUUAGCACCGCUUAUCAUCCACAAACAGAUGGACAAUCUGAAAGAACCAUUCAGACUUUGGAAGACAUGUUGAGAGCAUGCGUAAUUGAUAUGAAAAAUUCCUGGGAUCACCAUUUACCUCUCCUAGAAUUUGCUUAUAAUAAUAGUUACCAUGCAAGUAUUAAGAUGGCUCCAUAUGAGGCUUUGUAUGGGAGGAGGUGCAGGUCUCCAAUAUGUUGGACAGAUGUUGGGGAAAGGAAUUUGUUGGGCCCAGAGUUGAUCCAGCAAGCUACAGAGAAAGUUCAUCUUAUACGAGAGCAUCUUCGUGUUGCACAAAGUAGGCAAAAGAGUUAUGCAGAUAAUCGGAGACGUGAUUUAGAAUUUGCUGUGGGAGAGAAGGUAUUUUUGAAGGUGUCACCUACUAAAGGUGUUGUGAGGUUUGGUAUUCGAGGGAAGCUUAGCCCUCGCUUUAUUGGUCCCUUUGAGAUUUUAGAAAGGGUUGGAGAAGUGGCUUAUAGGUUGGCAUUGCCACCAAAUUUAUCGGAGGUGCAUAAUGUUUUUCAUGUAUCAAUGCUAAGGAAGUAUGUUCCAGACCUUAGUCAUGUGAUUGAGCAUGUUCCAAUCCAAUUGAGAGAGGACCUCUCCUAUGAAGAACAACCAAUUCGUAUUGUUGACCGAAAGGAGCAAGUGUUGAGAAGACGUGUUAUACCCUAUGUUAAGAUUCAAUGGAGUAAUCAUACAGAGCGGGAGGCAACAUGGGAGUUGGAGGAAGAUGCUAGGAAAAAAUACCCGCAACUUUUUGAUGAACAAGGUAUGAGUUUAGGGACUAAACUCUUUUAAGAGGGGAAGAAUGUAAGACCCAGAAUUUUAUUAUUGUUAUUAUUAUUUAAUUCUUUAAGGAUGUGUAUGCAAUAAGGUGGAAAUAUGAGG